AAAGGGAGGAACAGGUUUCCGGCCUAAAGAGCGAAAACACAACUCCAGUGUGAAAGACGAAGAGGAGAAGCUGCAGCUCUUUAAUUAUUUAACUGCUUAGUUUUCGCAGAUACAGAAGAACCAUCUGCCAGUUGGCAGUCGCACUGACAUGGCAUCUGUCCACUAAACUGCCCCGUCUUCAGUCACUCCGAGCACCAGGCUUUGGUGUUCAGCUCCCCAACGAAUGAGACUGACCCACCAUCACCAUGGAAACAGACACAGACGUUAUUCCUAUCUGGCAGAAUAAGCCUCAUGGAUCCACCCGCAGCGUUGUCAGAAGAAUAGGUUCCACUCUUCCACUCAGACCUCCACAAAGGGCAUGUUUCCAGGAACUACCAGGCCUGCCCCCUCUUCGGCCUAUGGAUGGGCCUAUGGUUCCUACCUUGGCAGACAUAGCCUGGAUUGUCGCAGAUGAGGAAGAAACAUAUGCCAGAGUGCGGAGUGACUCUCGUCCUCUGAAACACGAAUGGCGGCCUACGCCUCUCCUAGUGCUCCACAGGAACUCAUCUGUACCCAACUUCCGCCGCGAGGGAAAAAGGGUGGAGGGGCUCAGGAAACCCGGGGUGACGGCGCUGAACCGUACCACCGCCCUGCAGGACGAGCUCAGCAGACUCCGCGCACAGAUCGCCAAGAUUGUGGCGAGUGAUUCUGGCUCCAACCCCCUGACCCCUGACCUGCUCUCCCCUGAUGACACAAGUAUGAGCUUCUCCAUGGCGCCCUUCGAGGCGGCGCCCUACCAGCCGGCCGCUACCGCUGCUGCUUCCUUUGUCAUCAGUGAUGUCACAGAGGAGGAGGAGGAAGAAGAGGAGGAGGAGGAGGAAGAUGUAGUCUCUGUGGUGUCGGAGCUUGUCCCUGACCCUCUGCCGCCUGUUUCCAUGACGGCAUCUGCGACCUUCGACCUGGACAGACCCAGCAUGGACUUCCGGGAGGCGGAGGAGGACACGGUGUCGCUAUCGAAAUCCACCAGCUUUGCAGAUGUUAUGGACAUCCUGAAAGACAUGAACCGUAUGAAGAUGAGCAAGGACAGGUACAACAGAGGCUGCACGUCCCUCAGGGAGGAGGACUCGGCCUCUUUGAUUUCAGAAGCUCUGAGGAAAAAGUUUGUCCUGAAGGAAGAAGAUAGUGCUGCUGUGAAACGGAAGUAGCCUGAUCACAUGUUCUCGUCAGUUCCCGAUCCUGCUGCUCCAUGUAAGUCAGGACAGGCUUGUAGAGGGAAGGUUUUUUUUUUCUAAUAUUUUGUAUAAUGAGCCCUUGACGGCAUGUAGUAGUUUUUUCAUCGGUAAUGUAUUCAGUGGCAGAAUGUUUUAGCCCACUUGUAGGUUCUUAGUUGUUGUUUUUUCUCUCCCUCGUUAUUUUUAGGCCUUUGCCUGUGGAAUAUGUACCCAUGGAUCCACAACCUUGCUCCUCAGACCCAAGGCAAUAGCUGUCUGCCAGAGCUAGAACAAAAAACACUUUGUCUCAGACAUUCGAAACCACAUGUGAGCCUCACAGUGCUGGUGCAGUGUGAGGGGGAACAGCCGACUCCUGAUAACAAUAAUCACUUUUAGCACUGCAUUGCAUAUUGCAUCCAGUUUAUUUCUCUCUGAAAAAACUCAAUAGACUGGAAACUUGCUCCAGGAUGUUUUGAUUUUUUUUAAAUGCUGUUUUCUUGUUUUUUUUUAAUUGUGUAGGCGCUGACAUCCAAACAAUAACGUCAAAAGUUUUUGGACUUAAAUUGAGGAAUGUCCCUUUAAAAAGCCUUCUAUCCAGUCUGCUACAAAGAGAGCCGUUUUGAAUUUUUCACAGAAGAGAUGCAAUUUUUUCAGUUGUCAAGAAGUCCUCUAACAUACUUGAAAAUAUUUUAUGUACAGGUGAAACAGAUCUAGUGUACAUGCAGAGGUGCACUGUAGCUUAUCACAGCGUGUGUGAGAACUUCAAAUUUUUGCAGUUAAUAUUUGCAUUGCAGGUCUGAAUUUGCAAAUGUGUGCAGCAUCAUGUACAGUAUAUUGCUCGCUCCACUGCACCUCCUGCCUGUCCUCUUGUUUGUGAUUAACAUAUCCAUUGAUAGUCACUGAACCACAGGACACUUUAUUUUGAAACACAAACUUAAAGGAGCAACAAUAUGCUUAUGAUAUAGUUUGGAGAGUGAACUGUGUGGUGUAAAAAUUAAAUGGAAGUGUGUGAGUAAUAUGUGCACCCAUCAUUGUUUGUGUUUACACUAAAGGCCACAAUAGAAACAAGCUUGUACAGGACUUUAGACACUAUCCCCCUUGUGUAAAUUGCUAUAAUUAAUAGCUGAAACUAGGGUUGUAACGAUACUAAAACUCGAUACCGAUACUCUGGAAAAUAUUCGAUACUCGAUACCAUUUUCGAUACCACAAGGAUAGAAACAAAGACCCCAAAAUUUAAAAGAAAUAUGUUUAUUAACAAGAAAAAUGCAACAUGUAAAAAUUAACAGAACCACAGGUUAAAUAUUUAUAAUAAAAAACAGUUGUGCAAAAAGAAAUUGCAACUAUGAUAACAAGCUUCAGGUCUGAGGUAGUGCAAAAAAUAAAUAAAUACAAUAAGCAAUAGCAAUUAGAACAAUAUUUUGAGGUCGUAUGCUGUGCACAAUAUUAGGCAAGCUUGAUUAAAAAAAAGAAAAAUAACUUAAGUGUUCCUUCCUUUACUAUGCUUUACACACAUAACAAACUAUCGAUACUUUACUUUUGAAAAUGAGUAUCGUAUCCGGAUACAACGUUUUAGUAUCACUACUUUUUUGAGUAUCGAUACUUUUGACAACCCUAGCUGAAACUACAUUUAAUGAUGUUUCUUAAUGUUGCAGCAUUAAAGAGGUGAUCACAGUUUGGCCAGAAACAACUGAGCGUAAGAGUAAUUUUACAUCAUUCUGUAUGCAGAGUUUUGACACAGCCAUGGCUAAAACAGUUACGAGAGUCAGAGUCACGACGAUGGCGAUAAAGAUCCUAGUUGACGCCUUACCACGUAUCUAUUGCCUGUUCUGAAGCCUGAUUUCAUUCCCACAUUGGUGCCAUGGGUUUGCCCACCCCUCAUUGCCUGCCCUUUUUCCUGAAUGUGCCCUCCUUUUAUUAAAAUUCUCACGUUUCAUCUCACAAGUUGUGUGUGUGGUGUGAUGAUGGAUAUUUGUUAAGAAAAGACGUGCCGUUAUGUCACUUUCACCACCACUCAUGUCACUCCUACUCCGUUUUUCAUCCGUCACAUUUAUGCCUACAAGACUGGGAGUCCUUAGUGUAGUUCUGCAGUGUGAAAAGUUGCCGCUAAAUAUGUUUGGAUUGAAACAAGAUUGUACCCAUCUGUGUGUCGCUGUAUGGAGUGAAGCUAAAGUAUGUUUUGUCUUGCUAGAAUUGGCCCUGAAGUUGUCUUUGGUGGUCUUCGCAGUGAAUAAUUUUCUCAUUGGACAGAGUGAUGAUGAAGUGUAAACGUCUAGCUGAGAAACAUACUAUAUGCAAGUUUAAAUAUAUAAAUUGUGUGUCUGUAAUUAAAAUGUUGAACCAUGCACAGCUAACUGCAUCACUAGUCCUGAUAAGUUCAGAGGAGAAUUUAGUUGAUGAGGAUUUUCCACAGAUAACUUAUUGAUUUUAUUUCUCUUGUCCAGUUUGGUUUUUCACCAAAGUCAAGCCCACCACCACUACCACCUGUAUUUUUAUUUUUUUUUGUCAUAUUAGGACUUGUAAAUAAAGAUUGGCUGAUGUUUUGAAA